AUGGCAUCUCACGAGCUCGUCCACGAGCUCGUGUACACGUUUUGGUCAGAAGACUACAUUACGGGAAUCAAGUCGCUACUUGAUGCGAUUACAGACGAUAUCACCAACAUCGAGAAGACCAUUGAACUUACGAAAAGGGUGAACACCGAAGUCAUUGGAAAAGCAUUACGCAACCUCAAAGAUGUGAUUGGAGCAAACGAACUGAAUUCUGAUGACCAAUCGCUUUUUUCUGUACUUCAACAACAGCAGGUCAAGGGAUUAGCAUUAUAUGCAGGAAGACUUCAGAGCAUCGAGAACUGGGAUGCAGAAAACAAACAUCUGGCCGAUUUAGUUUCGCUGGUCUUCGAGUUCAAAGAGUUCUACAAAGAUAGCAAAGAGAUUUUGAACGGUAACUAUGGAUCUUGUUCGAAGAGAUCGGCUGAAUCACGGAAUUAUAUGGACUACUGCGACAAAAUUCACAGAGCGAUUUCGAAGUAUUCGGGAAACGUAGAAGAAGACAAUGAGGUGAAAUUCAAAGUGCCCGAGAUUCUGCCAGAGUUCCCGACGAUUAGCUUUCCGUUUGAGCUGGACCCCAAAUUCAAGUUCAACGACGAAUCGAAUUUUUCAAGCUUUUUGAUAGAAUUACAAGGUGGAACGGCCCAUUCUAAUAGAUUAGUUCCUUUUCCCGGACUACCCAGACAGUAUUUUGCGAGCGAAGCUCUCUUCAAAGCUCUGCGGAAGAAAGAUCCCCAUUUAGACAAUUCUACUUUCAAUCUAGAGCGCAUAGGUCAAAUACUACUCGACAAAGGCAUUAUUUGCCAGUACAACGACGUUCUUGGCGUGAAAGCGAAAUUUGAGUCGAAUGAUUUCUAUGUAUGGAUCCCUUGCGAGAAAAUGGACACCACAGUCUCAAAACAAGAACCGUCUGUUCGUGGUAAAGCGCUUUUCAGCGAUUUGUUACACAGAAUUCAAGAAUCUCGCGUCAACCUACCGCCUUUAAAAUCUGUGCAAGAUUUGACUCGCGAGCGAAAACACUUGGAGGAGCAAAACGAAUUGUAUCUCAAGAGUUGUCUUGCCCUGGAUCUUUGUACGACCCAGUUAGAAAUUGAACUUCGGAAAUGCAUGCUUCAGUACGCGAAGAUGUCUAGGCGAAAAUGCCUGAAACUGAAUGCGGCUGCCUGCGAUUUUGCAGCAAGAUACGGCUCUGCUCUCAACGUUCAAUUUUCGGUGCAAGGCGGCGAUAUAGACAAAGAGCUGGAUCGCAUGUAUGCUCGAAAUUUAGGAACCGUCGGGUUUUACACACCGGGAGAUAAAAUCUAUUUCAAACAGUUUAAACCUGAUCGGUUCGGGAUCACGUCAUUACUGUUUUCACAGGAUAUCAGUCAGGCUGUUACAGACGAGAGAGGAAAAUCUCUGGUAUUACAAAUGCUCUUAACCAAACUGCUCGAGUUUUCAGCAAGUGAAGUCGCGAAAGCUUGGUCCGCGCCGCUGGAUUUUACAAGAGUUGGAGAAUUUCGAAGAGACUGCCUCAAGGAAUUCCACAGUAGCAACGGCGAUGCGCGCAUGGCGAUGGAAACGGCGCUAGCGAAAAGACAGAGACCGGUGACGGAACUCGUUGGAAUGAUCAAAUACUGGCUUUUAGAGUUGUCAGACUCGCUGAUACCUGCAGUAGCAUACCAGGACAUGCUUGAGGGCGAAAUAGAGCGCGCUCUGGAGAAAUGUCCUGCGGAAAGUCUUGCGAAUUUGCUUACAAUUUGUGAUCAUUUCCAGUGGCUCACGGAAAAAACCGAGUCCGGUGACACACUGACGCAGUUACUCGAAACCUACUCAGAUUUCCCAGUGUGUCAUUGUUUUGUGAGACACAGGCUCAGAAACCCACAGCAUUGGCGAUCGUUGUCGCGUCAUUUCGCCAAACUGUUGGCGGCCAAAGAUCAAAUCCAAAAAAUGCAUGAAACAAGACUGAAAGACGUUCCAAAGAUACCUGAAAUUGCAGCUGCACAUUACAUGGAGCCCGAGUUAAAAUCCACGGGCCACUUGGCGCUGCCCCAGGACUCAGACACGGAGUUUGUUCCGCGGCCGUUCAAGACUUCUGUGGUAGAAACCACUCCUGUGCGACCAUCUAGCAAACGUCUGAGCGGGAUAAAUCUGCUGGCCUCUACACCGUCCCCAUGCUCGUCUCCGGUUCCCACGGGCCGAGUAAGCAGUCCAUAG